GUUUUAUGUCCAUGGCAUGAUUUGUAUUAAUGAUAUCCAAUCCUGAUUGAAUAUUUUACAGAUAUGGAUGUUGGUGUUGGAACCUCGAGCCCGGGUUCGUCACAGUGUGAACUAGUUAUUGCGAUGAGCCCAGAGGGAUCCAGCACUAAUAGUGACCUGCCUUUGCAUGGUUCUGUUAUUGCUGGAACAACAUGUGAGAUGGAGGAGGAAUUGGCUCACUUGGAGUCUGAUGAUGGACCUUCCACUUAUGGGCAUCAAACUCUGUCCCCUCCCCAGACAGAACCCACUCCCGCCCCUCCACAGACAGAACCCACUCCCGCCCCUACCCAGACAGAACCCACUCCGGGACCUUCCAAAUCCUGUCCCUCUAAAAAAAAGAACCCUUGCCCCCCCUCGCUGCUCUCCCCAUUUUGCCACCCGUCCAGCUCCCCCACCUGCACAGCCACCAACUCACCAGGCCCCUGACUCCCCAGCUGUGCAAGCUCCCCCGGAGCGGCAGAACACUAACCCACCUCCCCCAAUCCCUCCCCCCAUCCCUCCACCCAUCCCUCCCCCUCAAGACUACCACAGUUCCUACCUUUAUUGUCCUGGGUGUCGUAUUGUCCUUCCUAGCCACCCAUGUAAGUAUCAUUAAAAAUCCACAUUAGAACAUACUUUCUUAAAGGGACAUUAUACUGAUCUAAUUAUACAUAAAUUGAAUUUGAAUAGAAAAUGUUUUUUUUAUAAACAUCUUCUUUAUUUGAUUAAUGUAAAUGUUUCCGCUCUUCAUUUUGUAAAAUCAACAUUCACAUUUUAAGAUAUCUAAAGGAUAUUGACUAGAUGUUGGAUAUCUAUUAUGUAUAUAUGCCAAUAUUUUUGAGUUGUAUCACUGCCAUUUUCACAGUGUGUCAUAAACCAAAGAAAUAUAUUUUUCAAGAUUGAUAGGGUUUUGAUUUGACUUAAUAUCUUAGUGGUUUAUCUCUGAAGAACAUAUUUAAUGUGUCAAUCUUAUAUCUGGCAUUUAAUUCUAAUGAUUUUUUGUGUAAUUAUUACAAUGUCUCUUUCCUCACUUUUUAUUAUGUUCUGUAAUUAUUGCUAAUUUUUAUUUUUAAUUUUUGUUUAGGUUGUGACUCAGCAUGGUUAACGCUAUAGGCUCUAGCCCGCAUAGAGCAGACCAUGCUGGGUCACACUGAGUUGCUGCGAAGGAUCAAUGACACCGGGCGUCUCCAGCUGCAUCUUCUUAGCUUGUUUAUAAAACACACAAGGCAUGAAGACGCAGCUGGAAAUGCAUGAUGAGGGUGAAGCUGGUGCCCCAUAAGUGGAGGAUCCAGAGAUUGCCUAAGGGAGCACUACUAACUCCUCCAUCCACAUGUUGUUCUAUGUUUGUUUGUUAUUUGUUACAAUUUGGCCUAUUAUGUUGUUAUUGUGCCUGUUGCACUCUUUUACCUUGUCAGAUGGCUCCAAUGGGGCUGUGUUGUCCCUUGUCAACUCCCUCCAAGGACUGUGAUACACUAUGGCACCUUGUCAGGUGGCUCCAAUGGGGCUGUGUUGGCCCUUGACAACUCCUUCCAAGUACUGUGAUGUACUAUUUCACCUUCUCAGAUGGCUCCAAUGGGAUUAUGUUGGCCCUUGUCAACUCCCUCCAAGGACUGUGAUGCACUCUUUCACCUUGUCAGAUGGCUCCAAUGGGGCUGUGUGGGCCCUUGACAACUCCCUCCAAGGACUGUGAUACACUAUGGCACCUUGUCAGAUGGCUCCAAUGGGACUGUGUUGGCCCUUGUCAACUCCCUCCAAGGACUGUGAUGCACUCUUUCACCUUGUCAGAUGGCUCCAAUUGGGCUGUGUUGGCCCUUGACAACUCCCUCCAAGGACUGUGAUACACUAUGGCACCUUGUCAGAUGGCUCCAAUGGGGCUGUGUUGGCCUUUAUCAACUCCCUCCAAGGACUGUGAUGCACUCUUUCACCUUGUCAGAUGGCUAGAAUGGGGCUGUGUUGGCCCUUGUCAACUCCCUCCAAGGACUGUGAUGCACUCUUUCACCUUGUCAGAUGGCUCUAAUUGGGCUGUGUUGGCCCUUGUCAACUCCCUCCAAGGACUGUGAUACACUAUGGCACCUUGUCAGAUGGCUCCAAUGGGACUAUGUUGGCCUUUGUCAACUCCUUCCAAGGACUGUGAUGCACUCUUUCACCUUGUCAGAUGGCUCCAAUGGGGCUGUGUUGGCCCUUGACAAUUCCCUCCAAGUACUGUGAUGCACUAUUUCACCUUGUCAGAUGGCUCCAAUGGGACUGUAUUGGUCCUUGUCAGCUCCCUCCAAGGACUGUGAUGCACUCUUUCACCUUGUCAGAUGGCUUCAAUUGGGCUGUGUUGGCCUUUGACAACUCCCUCCAAGGACUGUGAUACACUAUGGCACCUUGUCAGAUGGCUCCAAUGGGGCUGUGUUGGCCCUUGUCAACUUUUUGUUUAGGUUGUGACUCAGCAUGGUUAACGCUAUAGGCUCUAGCCCGCAUAGAGCAGACCAUGCUGGGUCACACUGAGUUGCUGUGAAGGAUCAAUGACACCGGGCGUCUCCAGCUGCAUUUUCUUAGCUUGUUUAUAAAACACACAAGGCAUGAAGACGCAGCUGGAAAUGCAUGAUGAGGGUGAAGCUGGUGCCCCAUAAGUGGAGGAUCCAGAGAUUGCCUAAGGGAGCACUACUAACUCCUCCAUCCACAUGUUGUUCUAUGUUUGUUUGUUAUUUGUUACAAUUUGGCCUAUUAUGUUGUUAUUGUGCCUGUUGCACUCUUUUACCUUGUCAGAUGGCUCCAAUGGGGCUGUGUUGUCCCUUGUCAACUCCCUCCAAGGACUGUGAUACACUAUGGCACCUUGUCAGAUGGCUCCAAUAGGGCUGUGUUGGCCCUUGACAAUUCCCUCCAAGUACUGUGAUGCACUAUUUCACCUUGUCAGAUGGCUCCAAUGGGACUGUAUUGGUCCUUGUCAGCUCCCUCCAAGGACUGUGAUGCACUCUUUCACCUUGUCAGAUGGCUUCAAUUGGGCUGUGU